UGCACUCGACGCUUGACAGGAAAGGUUAGUUAAUCACGAAGACUUAACCACGGUUUGUACCACUGUGAAGCGAAGUUUGACUUGAAAAUUAUUCUCGCGGAAUAAGCUUGAUAUUGUCGGAUAACACUUUGGAGUUUAACAACGACCGUUUUACAUCAACAAAACACCAAGAGGAAGUGUUCGAACGUCUGUAAUGAUCGGAAGUAGCUUUGCCUGGCGAGUGUCUGGAUGCCAGAACUAGCAAUCAUGGAUCUGGGCAGGCAACUGUGUGUGAAAAUGAAAAAACAGAGGAAGGCAGAGAUGACCAUUCCUACUGCCAUGAAGGGACUUGAGAUCCACUUCUACCUGGCUGACACACACCAGCUCGAGUUCUUCAAAGACUGCUACACUGCGGAAGACCUGUGCGUGGAGGCUGCCAAGAGAUGCCACGUCUAACCUUUGUGCCACAACCUGUUUGCACUCUAUGAAGAAAGCCAGGAUCUCUGGUAUGCUCCAAAUCACGUGUUCAAAGUCACAGAGGAGACCAGCAUCCAGCUUCAUUAUCGCAUGAGGUUUUAUUUCACAAACUGGCAUGGAACCAGUGAGAUUGAGUCUCCAGUUUGGAGACACACACUCAGCAAACAGAAAGGCGUUUUGAACUGUCAGAAGACCACAGAGGGGACACCUCUUCUAGAUGCCGCAUCUCUUGAUUACCUGUUUGCACAGGGCCAGUAUGAUUUCCUGAGAGGACUGUCUCCUGUUCGUCCCCCUCAGAAUGAUGAAGAGCUUCAUGAGAUUGAGAAUGAGUGCUUGGGAAUGGCUGUUUUAGCUAUUACCCAUCAUGCCAAGAGCAAUAAUUUGCCAUUAUCAGGAGCUGGAGCUGAGACUAGCUACAAGCGCUUCAUUCCAGACAGUCUGAACCGCACCAUUAAGCAACGCAACUUCCUCACGCGCAUACGCAUCAGUAACGUCUUCAAGAAUUUCCUCAACGAGUUCAAUAGCAAGACCAUCCAGGACAGCAAUAUAGGUCUGUAUGACCUGAAGGUCAAGUAUUUGUCCACUCUCGAGACGCUGACUCAAGGAGUUGGUAGGGAGACUUUCGAGCCCAAGAGCCUGAAAGUAACAGGGGAAAGCGAGGGAUCCCCAACACAGAUGCUUUCCUUGGGGGACAACGGAAUGGGUUAUCAGGUGCAAGUAUACGGAACUACUGGGAUCUCAUGGAGGAGGAAGCCCGCACCGAAUCAUCUGAUAUUGAAAGACAAACCCAAAUCUAAAAAGAUCAAGGCCGACAACAAGCAGUGGAAUGACAAAAAGAAAGACAGCGGAUGGACACUUUUCUCCGACUUUCACGAAAUAACCCACAUCGUCAUUAAGGAGUGCUGUGUCACCAUUUACAGACAAGACAAUAAAACCAUGGAGUUGGAUCUGUUUUAUCGUGAUGCAGCCCUGUCUUUUGCUGCACUGGUGGACGGUUACUUCAGAUUGACUGUAGAUGCCCAUCAUUACCUGUGCACUGAAGUCGCACCCUCAUCAGUGGUCCAGAAUUUAGAAAACGGCUGUCACGGACCUAUCUGCACAGAGUAUGCCAUUCAUAAACUUCGACAGGAGGGAAAUGAAGAAGGAACCUAUGUGCUGCGCUGGAGCUGCACAGAAUACAACUUUAUCAUCAUGACUGUUGUCUGCAUUGAGCUCGACCUGUGUGAAUCCAGACCUGUUCCUCAGUAUAAGAACUUCCAGAUUGAAACGAGCCCUCAGGGCUACAGACUGUAUGGGACAGACACAUUCAGGCCCAAUCUGAAGGAGCUGUUGGAGCACCUGCAGGGCCAGUUACUGCGCACAGACAAUCUGCGCUUUCAGCUGCGCCGCUGCUGCCCACCACAACCCAGAGAAAUUUCUAACCUAUUAGUGAUGACCACAGACCGAGAGCCUGUCCCGCAGAAAAAAACACAAGUCAGCCAGCUGAGUUUUGACCGCAUUCUUAAAGAGGAGAUUGUACAGGGUGAACAUUUGGGUCGAGGCACAAGGACAAACAUCUAUGCUGGUAUUCUAAAGCCAAAGAGUGAUGAUGAAGAUGAUCUGGGAGGAUACUCACAGGAGGUGAAAGUGGUUUUGAAGGUGCUGGGCUCAGGACACAGAGAUAUUUCUCUGGCAUUCUUUGAGACCGCUAGCAUGAUGCGUCAGAUCUCUCACAAACACAUCGCCCUGCUCUACGGAGUGUGUGUUCGUCACCAGGAGAAUAUCAUGGUGGAGGAGUUUGUUCAGUACGGCCCUUUGGAUCUGUUCAUGCGCAGGCAGACCACACCUCUGAGCACUGCAUGGAAGUUCCAGGUUGCCAAACAGUUGGCCAGUGCCCUCAGCUAUCUGGAGGAUAAGAAGAUGGUUCAUGGAUAUGUGUGCAGUAAGAAUAUUCUGGUGGCUCGAGAUGGUUUAGAUGGAGAAGGAGGACCCUUCAUUAAGCUGAGUGACCCCGGGAUACCCAUUACUGUCCUCAGCAGAGAAGAGUGUGUGGACAGGAUUCCUUGGAUUGCUCCAGAGUGUGUGAAGGACACCGCUAAUCUGAGCAUAGCAGCCGAUAAGUGGAGCUUCGGAACAACUCUUUGGGAGAUCUGUUACAACGGAGAGAUUCCUCUUAAAGAUAAGAAACUCACUGAGAAGGAGAGGUUUUAUGCAGCGCAGUGUCAGUUGGCGACCCCUGACUGUGAGGAGCUGGCCAAACUCAUGACCCACUGUAUGACUUACGACCCGCGACAGAGGCUCUUCUUCAGGGCCAUCGUCAGGGACAUUGUUAUGGUGGAGGAACAGAAUCCGUCCAUUCAGCCUGUUCCCAUGCUUGAAGUGGACCCUACAGUGUUUGAGAAGAGGUUCCUCAAGAAGAUUCGAGAUCUUGGAGAGGGUCAUUUUGGGAAGGUGGAGUUGUGCCGGUAUGACCCACGUGGAGAUCGCACCGGAGAGCUGGUGGCUGUGAAGUCUCUGAAGCCAGAGAACAGCGAAGAGCAGAGCAAUAACCUGUGGCGUGAGAUUCACAUCCUGAGAGAACUUUACCAUGAGAAUAUCGUCAAAUACAAGGGCAUCUGCAAUGAAGAGGGUGGGAGAUCCAUUAAGCUCAUCAUGGAGUUUUUGCCAGCAGGAAGUCUGAAGGAAUAUCUCCCCAGAAACAAGGCUCACAUAGACCUUAAAACUCUGCUCAACUAUUCUGUGCAGAUCUGCCAGGGUAUGGACUACCUGGGCUCUCGCAACUACAUCCACAGAGACCUGGCAGCCCGCAAUGUUCUGGUGGAGAAUGAAGGCACAGUAAAGAUCGGAGACUUCGGCCUGACAAAAAGCAUUAAGGAUAACGAGGGAUACUACACUGUGAAAGACGAUCUGGACAGUCCAGUGUUCUGGUAUGCUCCAGAAUGUCUGAUCCACUGCAAGUUCUACAGGGCAUCUGAUGUCUGGUCUUUCGGAGUGACCAUGUAUGAGCUCCUCACAUACUGUGAUACUUCAUGUAGCCCCAUGUCGGUGUUCCUUAAGAUGAUUGGUCCAACACAUGGACAAAUGACUGUCACCCGAUUGGUCAAAGUCCUGGAGGAGGGAAAGAGACUUCCCAGACCAGAUGGCUGCUCAGAGCAGUUGUACAAUUUGAUGAGGAGAUGCUGGGAAGCGACACCCGAAAAAAGGAUCGACUUCAAAAGCCUGAUUGCCAACUUUCAGCAGAUGCUCGACAAUCAGUAACUAUAUGGAUAUAUGCCAGGACACAGACUCCACCUCUUUUGUUUUCCACAGUGACAAAAAAAGUUUAACCAUGCGUUGUAGCACUCUUUCAAAUGUACUCUUCUUCUUACCGUAUCCCUCACCGACUCGUAUAUAUAAACUGCAGAACAUGAAAAAAAUAGCAAAAAAAGAAAAGAAACUGCUAGAACCACUGAAGCGGUCAGUUAAAUUACUGUCUGGCCUCUUUAUGAAUAUGCAAUGUAUAACUGCCAGUUGCUCAUGUUUCUCUUUACACUCAAAUGCAGUCCAGAUUCAAGUGCACCAAAAACCAUGCAAAAAAAAAAAAAACAAGAGAAGAGAAGAAAUCCAGAAUCUGUUACUCUUCAUAUUGUGCCUCAGCAGCCACAAUGAUGCAUGUAUGAAUAACCCAUAAUUCCCAUGGUGCAUUACAGCAUGUGCUGUAUGGAAUCAGCCCAUCUUAAAACACAUGCAUUAGGACAAAUAAAGACGGAAGACGAGGAACGUGUCAGAAUGUAGAUUUGCAUGAGUGCUUUACGGUUUGGAGCUUUGAUGAGUGGAUUGUGCAUUUUCCUCGGAGGAUGAUUGACAUGCAAAGUAUGUUAAGACUGUGUUUUAAAGCAGACAGCUGUUCUUCUCGGAAAAUACCGAACGUGCUGGAUGGAUUAAACGUAGGACUUUUAAAAUGGCAUGCGCCGGUCAAGAUGGUUACAUAAGAAUAACCCCACUUCCUCUUUGGGCUUCGUAAUUGCCAUGGAAAACUGAAUAGGAUGAUUCUGAGAACUACAUUUGGACCGUUUACGUCAAGGAGAAUGAGGGAUAAAUUAAUGAAAUGCCUAAAGUAAGCACUAGGGGGCAGUAGGGCUUAUGAAAUCUCUAAAAGAAUAAGAAAAUUGGGUCCCACUUUAUAUUAAGAGGCCUUACUUACACCCAAAUGAAUGAUUUGUACUUAUUGUCUGAGUACAUGUCAUUUUAUUGUACUUAUGUUUGAUUAAAUACAUGCAUGUUAUUACAUCUGUAAUUAAUUUAUACAGUUACAUUUGUAAUUACACUGUUGACCAUCCCUAAAACCAGGGGUGCCCAAUCUUGGUCCUGCAAAGUUUAGUUCCAACCCCAAUCAGACACUCCUGGGCUGGCUAAUCAAGCUCUUACUAGGCUUUCUAAAAACAUCCAUACAGGUGCGUUGAGGAAGGUUGGAGUUAAAAUCUACAGGACGCCGGCCCUCCAGGACCAAGUUUGGACACCCCUGAUUUAAACCCAUGGGUCUCAAACUCAAUUUCUUAAGGGCUGCAGCUCUUCACAUUUUUGCUCCAACCUUAAUCAAACACAGCUGAUCCAAUUCAAAAGAGUCUGUGCGGCCCUCCAGCAAUUGACUUAAACCUUAACCCACCCAUAAACCUACCCAUACCACCAAAUCUGUCCCUAACCCUACCUGUAUCCCACCUCAAGACCACCAGAAGUGUUCUGCUGUACAUUAUGAACACCGUAAGUGCAUUGUGUUCAUAUUUUGAUGCAAGUACAUAGUAGUAAAGCACACUUAAUAUAAAAUGGGACCCAAAAUUGUGCAUCUUCUCUUGUGCAAAUUAUAUUCCAAGCUCGGCUAACUUUCGGAAACUGAAUUUAACCUUGUCCAGAAAUAUAUUAGUAUUUUAUGUUUCUCUUUUUUUUAUCAAAAUGGAAUAAAAAAAUUAUUAUCAA